UAAACAAAGACCAGACAUUUCAAUCUUAUAGAAGAAAGCAAAAUUGCAUGUGACAAGUCUAAAAGAUAUAGCCUGCUGAUUAGUCCCUAGUUUUAAGCACCUUUCAAUAAAACAGGAUGGCAACUGAUUUGAUUACGCAGAAAAUUAUGCAAAUGAAUCCUGACUAUGUUAGCGAAUUUUUAAAAAAGAAUCCAAAUAAAAUCACUGUACCUGACAAAUACGGUAACACACCCCUGCAUGUGGCCUGUAGUGUUGGGCACACAAGCCUGGUGAAGAAGAUGUUAAUGCUUACACCUGACAUUAAUGUGGCAGAUAAAGAUCGUAACACUCCUCUCCAUGUGGCCUGUCGGUGGGGACGCAUCAGUGUUAUUGAGCAUCUCCUGGUAACUAAACCUGAUGUCACUGCAGUGAAUAGUUACGGGAACACACCUCUACAUCUGGCCUGUAUCAAUGACCACAAAGACGCUGCUAAAAUACUACUACAGUCCAAUCCUAGAGUUCGUGUGGUGAAAACUAAAAGGAAAAGAACUUUAGAUUUGCUGAAUGGUGACGAAAGCAUAGACAUUGGUGAAAAACAAUUACAAUCCAAAUCUAAAGAUCCCAAGUUGAAAGAAAGUUGGAAAAUAUCUCGGAAUCUGUUCUACAGGGAUAAAAAUACUGGAGAUGAUGAAGAGCCAACAGAGCCUCAUGUCGACUUGGUGAAUAAAUACAAACACACACCUCUACAUUUGGCGUGUAUUAAUGGAAGUACAGGCCUAAUUAAACAGCUACUACUUUUUAAACCUGAUAUAAAUAUGGAGGAUAAAUAUGGCUACACACCCCUGCACUGGCUUUGCUCUGGUGGACACACGGGUGUUGAAGUACUAUUAAUGUCUAAACCUGAUGUAAAUGUGGCAGAUAAAGAUGGUAAUAUACCUCUCCACCUGGCCUGUCGUGGUGGGUACACAGACACGGUGAAACAGCUACUGCACUCUGGUUCUGAUAUAAACCUAGUGAAUAAUGGUGGUAACUCACCUUUGCAUCUGGCGUGUGGUCGAGGACACACAGACACGGUGAAGCAGCUACUGUUAUCUAAACCCAAUAUAAACCUAAUGAAUAAUGAAAGUAAUACAGCUCUACAUUUGGCCUGUGUUCGGGGACACACAGACAUGGUGAAGCAGUUACUGUUAUCUAAACCUAAUAUAAAUUUAGGGAAUAGUGAUGGUAACACGCCUCUACAUCUGGCCUGUGUUCGUGGACACACAGACAUGGUGAAGCAGCUCCUACUGCUUGAGCCUGAUGUAAAUGUACUGAAUAAUGAUGAUAACACACCGCUACACCUGGCUUGUCCUGAUGGACACACAGACAUACUGAAACAGCUAUUACUGUUUGAACUUGAUGUAAAUGUGGUGAAUAAAGAUGGUAACACACCGCUGCAUCUGGCCUGUGGUCAUGGACACACAAACAUGGCUAAGCUCCUACUGUUCUCUAAGUCUGAUGUUAAUGUGGAAGAUAAAGACGGCAACACGCCUCUACAUCUGGCUUGUCGUGGUGGACACACAGACAUGCUGAAACACCUACUACUGUUUGAUCCUGAUAUGAAUGUAGUGAAUAAAGAUGGUGACACGCCCCUACUUCUGCUCUGUGUUCACGGACAAAUAGACAUGGUAAAACAGUUUCUGCUGUUUAAACCAGAUGUAAAUGUAGCGAAUAAAAAUGGCAACACAACUCUACAUCUGGCUUGUGGUCAUGGACACGCAGAUAUCAUGAAGCAGCUCCUACAAUCCAAAGCUACUGUCAAUGUGAAGAAUAACGAUGGUAACACACCACUUCUUCUAGCGUGCCGUGGGGGACAUAUAGACAUGGUGAAACAGCUAUUCUUGUUUGAAUCUGAUGUAAAUAUCGCGAAUAAAGAUGGUAACACACCGCUACAUCUUGCAUGUGAUCGUGGACACACGGAUAUCUUGAAGGAGCUCCUACUAAAUAAAGCUGCUGUCAAUAUCGCGAAUAAAGAUGGUAACACACCGCUACAUCUUGCAUGUGAUCGUGGACACACGGAUAUCUUGAAGGAGCUCCUACUAAAUAAAGCUGCUGUCAAUAUGGCAAAUAAAGAUGGUAACACACCACUUCAUUUGGCCUGUGUUCAUGGACUUACAGACAUGGUGAAGCAACUACUAACCUCUAAAGCUGAUGUAAGUGUUGUGGAUAAAGAAGGUAACACACCUUUACAUCUGGCCUGUCUUGGUGGACACACAGACAUGGUGAAGCAGUUAAUGCUCUCUGAAUCUGAUGUAAGUGCAAGGGAUAAAGAUGGUAACACGCCCUUACAUCUAGCCUGUGCUCAGGGACACACGGACAUGGUGAAGCAGCUACUGCACUCUAACGCUGAUACAGAUGCGGUGAAUAAAGAUGGUAAGACACCGCUAUAUCUGGCUAAUAGUAACGGAGACAUAGAUGUGGUGAAGCAGCUCCUGCUAUACAAACGGAAGUAAACGUGGCGAAUAAAG